AUGAGUAAAUAUAAAAUAGCAUCAUAUAUGAUUUGCUGUUAUGGCGCUUUCAGAAUUUAUUUAACAUAUAAAAAUUAUUUCCUCGAACAAAAUUUGCAUCAAUCUAAUAAAUUGUUAAGUAUUAAAAACAAUAUGCUUACUUUUUGUGAAAGAAUAAACAAUAAUACAAAGGAAUAUAAUAACACAGUGUUAUUAAAUAGUAAUGUAUUAAAUGAAAACAACCUUAUAGAAUAUCAAAAUAGUUUUAAACAAAAUGGAAAAUAUCACAGAAAAAAAGAUAUAGUAUUUUCAAACACAGAAAUUGUACCUGUUGAAAUGGAGGAAAAUAUAAAAUAUACUAAAAAAGAAAAUCUUAAUAACAAUUUAUGUGAUAUGAAUAAUAAUGAAAUAGAUUGUAAAAACAUGGAACAAAAGGAAUUUAAUAGUGAAUUAAGUCAAAAUAAUAUUGACUUAAUUGAAAAUAUAUUAAAAAAACAUAAACUAGUUUUAUUUAUGAAAGGAACAGCUUUAAAUCCAUUCUGUAAAUAUAGCAAAUUAGCAAUAAAUAUUUUAAAAUUAAAUAAAGCAAAAGAAAUAUAUACUGUAAAUAUUCUAAAUGACGAUAUGUUAAAACAUUCUUUAAAAAUAUAUUCUAAUUGGCCUACAUUUCCUCAAUUAUAUAUAAAUGGGAAAUUUGUAGGAGGAAUAGACAAAAUACAGGAAUUACAUGAUAAUAAAAAACUUCAAGAAAUGUUACAAACUAUGUAA